AUGGAUUCUGAAUUUCCUGAUCCUGAUGAAGAAUUUGAUUUAAUCCACGAAGAUGAAUAUGAAGUUCUAAGAGAAAUUGAAGAAUUGGAAAUUAAAAAAAGAUUAGAGUCUCAAAAAGUUGAAACUUCACAGAAAAAUCAAAAUGAAAAAGAUGAAUUAAAUAUUUUGAGACUUAAUAUAUAUAAAGAAUUAAAUACUCCUACACCUAGUAAACACAAUGAGUUAUCUAUUUCUAAUACAAGUACGGCAGUUCAAUGCGAUGACAAUUUUAAUACAGAUUACACAAAGAAAAGAAAUUAUAAUCAACUAUUUGGUGACAUUUCAGAUAUGUUAGAUAUAGAUGAUUUUGUUGAUAUUCAGGAACCAAGAGAAAAGAAACCACGAUGGGAUCAACCUCAAGAAGUUAUUAAAGCAGUAUUAGAUGCUAGAAAAAAGCUCAAUGAAUUUAAUAGAGGAGUUUCUGUUAACAAAAGAUAUGAUGAAAACAAGAAAGAGUCAAUAUCUUUACGCGUUCCUCGCUGGAAUUUUAUAGCUGUAACUAGGCCACAUGAUGCACAACGUAUAUAUAUAAGAGUAAAAAGUACUGAAGAAAGUAAAGUAAAAACAAAUACACAUUCAAUUUCUAAUUUAUUAUCUGUGCCAUAUAGCCAACUUAAAGCUGAAGCUGAAGAAAUUAUAGUUCAGAAUGUUAAACGUGCCAGUUGUGAAACAUCCUCCCUUUCUACUACAAAGAUUGCCAAAGAUGAUGAAUUAUGGGUUGAUAAAUAUAGGCCUAGAACAUAUAUAGAAUUACUUUCAGAUGAAGAUGUAAAUAGAUAUUUAUUACAUUGGAUAAGACUUUGGGAUAAAAUAGUAUUUAAUCGAAAUUAUGUUCAAAAUAAGAAAAAACAACUAAAUUUGAGGUUUCGAAAUAGGAAGUUUGUGAAUGAAAAAGCAUUUGAAGAAGUAGAUAACAAAGGUUUUCCAAUUCAGAGAAUUGUGCUACUUAGUGGACCUCCUGGCUUGGGAAAAACCACAUUAGCACAUUUAGCAGCUAAACAUGCUGGUUAUAAUAUAGUAGAAAUUAAUGCAAGUGAUGAAAGAAGUCCAGAUGCAUUUAGGCAAAUCCUUCUUGCAUCAACACAAAUGAAAGCAGUAAUGGGAAAUGAUCCACGACCAAAUUGUCUAGUUUUAGAUGAAAUUGAUGGGGCUCCUGCUGCAUCAAUUGAUCUUCUACUCAAAUUUGUGCAAGGUAAACUAAUUCCAAAAGGUAAAAAAGAUAAAAUAAAAAGUGAUAGGAAAUCAAAUGCUUGUCACCGUCCUGUAAUAUGCAUUUGUAAUGAACCAUAUGCUCCUUCAUUAAGAGCUCUUAGAGCUAUUGCUCUCAUUAUACCUGUACCAGAAGUCAGCCCUACAAGACUAGCAGAUAGAUUAAUGGAAAUAUCACAAAAAGAAAAUUUGAAGGUAAAUCCUGAUGCACUUUUGAGAUUAGUGGAAAUAUCUGGUUGUGAUAUAAGAUCUUGUUUGGGAGCACUACAAUAUAUGGGUGGCAUUAGUUUAGGAGACAAUUUAUCUUUUGCAUUAAAAGAUAGUAGAAAAGGACUAUUUGAUUCAUGGAAACAAAUAUUAACAAUACCCAUGAAUAAAAGUGGGAUACUUUCCAUUUCAGAGAGAGUUCGACUUGUAUUAAAAACUGUACAAAAUGGAGAAUCCGAAAAAUUAGCUCAAGGCAUAUUCCAUAAUUAUCCAGAAAUUUGUAGUGACAAAUUGAAUUAUGUAGCUCUAUGUUUACAAUGGUUUCAAUUUUUUGAUGAAAUUUUAUCUUUUGUUGCAACUCUUCAAGCUUGGUCUGUUAUGUCUUACUUAAAUUAUGCAUUUGUUACUUGGCACUUAUAUUUUGCUAAAGCAAGAUACGUUAAACUAUCUUAUCCUUCUAUUUCAUACGAAAUGAUUCAAAAACAUGCUAGAAACAUAGGAAUUUUAACAAGUAUUCAGCGAAACAGUGGUCGUAUUAUUAGCGUCUUAACAAUCGAUAUUAUUCCCUUUCUUCCGGAUUUAUUAUCUCCACGAUUGCGAACAAUCUCUGGUCAUUUACACUCAACUAAAGAAAAGGAUGAUAUUAACCGAUUAGUAAAUAUUCUAAUUGAUUUCGGUCUUACAUUCACCCAAGAGAAAAAUCUUGAUGGUAGUUAUGACUAUAAACUAGAUCCUAAUAUAUUUGAAAUAGGUGUUCUCCCGGAUUGUAAACCCCGUCGAGCACUCAUAUAUGCAGUGAAACAAAUAAUUGUCCAAGAAUUGGAAGCUGAACGAUUACGACGAGCUGCAAACAUAGUGAAAAGUGCAACAAAUGUUACUCAAAAUAAAAUUGGAAGCACUACAAAACAAAGUAUCGCAACAAAUUCAACAACAGCGGAGUCGAAUAAUAUAAUUAGCAAACCUAGUAUUAUAGAACAUUCUAAACAAAUUCAAACUGAAACAAAAGAAAUUAAGUAUAAGGAUUUUUUUGGCAGAAUUAUCACAGUCUCUCAAGAUAAACACAAAAAGACAGAUAAUGAAUCAAUUAAUUCACGAAAUUUUUUAACAAAAAAUGGAGUAUGGUAUAAAUAUAAAGAAGGUUUUAAUAAUGCUGUUCGUAGAAAUGUUUUGAUGGAAACACUUCUUUAA